AUGUUCACACUCCAUGAUGAAGAACGGAAAGUGCUUGAAAAAAAUGAGAUUCCCAUAUCCUUAUCUUUGGAUUCUGAUCUAGUGUCUCGACUCAAACGUUUUAUGGAUAAAGGGCCAUCAAUUUGUCCCGUGGCCACGCUCAGCACUACAAUGGGUGAAUUUGAUAUAGAACUCUAUUGGCACCAUGCUCCUAGAACCUGUUUCAACUUUUACGAGCUUUGCCGAACGCACUAUUACAACGGGAUCACCAUACAUAAGGUGGUCAGGAAUGCAUUCAUUCAAUCAGGAGAUCCCACUAACACCGGUAGGGGUGGGAAGAGUAUAUACGGAGAGACUUUCCCAGAUGAAUUGAAUCCUGAACUAAAACAUACAGGAGCAGGAGUUGUAUCUAUGGUCAACGCGGGACCUGACACUAACACAUCACAAUUUAUAAUAUUAUUGUCUCCCCAACCGUCGUUUGAUGGUAAAUUUUCCAUUUUUGGCCGUGUGUCCAGGAAUUUGAACGUUGUUGCAAAAAUUGGCAAUGUUAGAACCACGCCUAAAUUCAAUCCCAUAGAUACGGUUAAGAUUGUGAGGGCUAGCGUUCCACAUAUAUCGUAG